AUGAAUGAAGGUGGUUCCCGCAUCCGCCGGCGGGUUGCUGUCCGCAAAAGGAACCGGCCUAGCUUAGAGAGCAUUUUUGCCUCCCCCACCGCCGCCGAUCUCCAGCCAGGCGAUGAGGAGGAGGAGGACGAGGAGGAGAUGAUGGCUGGAAGUCGGCGGAAGAAAACCGCGGAGGUGCAGCCCGUCGAGAAUAAUGACAGUGAAGAGGACAUGUUUGGUGACUAUGAUAGCUUUGCUGAAAACUCUUUUUUAGCUCACGUUGAUGACCUGGAACAAUAUAUGCAGCUUCCUGAACAUAGGAGACAUGCCUCAGACCUUGCCACUGACGAUCUUUGUUCAGAAAGCGACAAACACAACAAACUCAGCGUUACUACCAUAGACAACUUUACUGAAUUAAAAAUGGAUGAGCACACAAAGAACCAGAGUAGGCAGGAAGAUGUCUGUAUUGAACCUGAACCUGAUCUUUUGUAUGAUAUACCUUCCUCCCAGGUUUUAUACUUUGAAAAUUCUUCAAAUGAUUUGGGCGAUCAGUCUACCAAAGAGAGGGAUUGCAAUUCCUCCUCCCACAAGACUGUGAAUGAGGAAUUACCCCAGAAUAGCAUAGAACAACACCAGCAAACUGAUGAUCCCUCUUCUAAAGUCAGAACUAGCUCAGAGGAGAAUAGAAGAAAAAGUCUUAAAGAACAUCUAAAAAGUGCCAUGACUGGAAAUGCCAAGGCCCAAACACCAAUAUUUUCUAAGACUAAACAACUCAAAGAGACUCUCCUAUCUGAGGAGAUUAAUGUUGCCAAGAAAACAAUUGAGUCAUCAUCAGAUGACCUUGGUCCUUUUUAUUCAUUACCCAGCAAAGUGAGAGACCUUUAUGUUCAGUUCAAGGGAAUUGGAAAAUUAUAUGAAUGGCAACAUACUUGCUUAACACUGAAUUCUGUGCAAGAAAGAAAAAACUUAAUAUAUUCCUUGCCAACGAGUGGUGGAAAAACCCUUGUGGCUGAGAUUUUAAUGCUGCAAGAACUGCUUUGCCGGCGGAGAGAUGUUCUAAUGAUCCUACCAUAUGUGGCAAUUGUCCAAGAAAAGAUUUCAGGUUUGUCAAGUUUUGGUAUAGAACUGGGUUUCUUUGUUGAAGAAUAUGCUGGAAGCAAAGGAAAGUUUCCCCCAAUUAAAAGAAGGGAAAAAAAAUCUCUCUAUAUUGCCACUAUUGAAAAAGGACAUAGUCUGGUGAACUCCUUGAUUGAAACCGGAAGGAUUGGCAGUCUGGGUCUGGUUGUUGUAGAUGAGUUACACAUGAUUGGUGAAGGAAGCCGUGGGGCUAUAUUGGAAAUGACCCUAGCAAAAGUCCUCUACACUAGCAAAACAACUCAGAUUAUUGGCAUGAGUGCAACACUGAACAAUGUUGAAGACCUUCAAGAAUUCCUUCAAGCAGAAUAUUACACCAGUCAGUUUAGACCAGUUGAAUUAAAAGAAUAUUUGAAAAUAAAUGAUGCGAUAUAUGAGGUUGACAGCAAAGCUGAGAAUGGCAUGACUUUUUCACGUCUACUGAAUUAUAAGUAUUCUGAUACUCUGAAAAAGAUGGAUCCUGAUCAUUUGGUAGCAUUGGUGACAGAAGUUAUUCCCAAUUAUUCCUGCUUAGUUUUUUGUCCCACUAAGAAGAACUGUGAAAACGUAGCAGAAAUGAUAUGCAAAUUUUUAAGCAAGGAGUAUCUGAAACACAGGGAGGAAGAAAAACAUAAGGUGAUUAAAAACUUGAAGAAUGUCAGCAGUGGCAACUUGUGUCCUGUUUUAAAGCGCACCAUCCCUUUUGGGGUUGCUUAUCACCACAGUGGUUUAACAAGUGAUGAAAGGAAACUCUUGGAAGAGGCCUAUUCCACAGGAGUUCUGUGCCUUUUUACCUGCACAUCCACCCUCGCAGCAGGCGUUAAUCUACCAGCUCGAAGAGUUAUUUUAAGAGCUCCCUAUGUUGCCAAGGAGUUUUUAAAGAGGAACCAAUAUAAACAGAUGAUUGGCCGAGCUGGCCGUGCUGGGAUAGAUUCUAUUGGGGAGAGUAUCCUUAUACUGCAAGAAAAAGACAAGCAACAGGUAUUGGAGUUAAUAAGCAGACCAUUGGAAAACUGUUAUAGCCAUCUUGUUCAAGAAUUCACUAAGGGAAUCCAAACUUUGUUUCUCUCUUUAAUUGGUUUGAAGAUUGCAACAAAUCUUGAUGACAUGUAUCACUUUAUGAAUGGUACAUUUUUUGGUGUUCAGCAAAAAAUUUUGUUGAAAGAAAAAAGCCUGUGGGAAAUAACUGUGGAAUCACUUAGGUACCUGACAGAAAAAGGACUCCUACAAAAAGACACUACUGAUAAGUCUGAAGAAGAUUUCCAACAUAGUUUUCAUAUUACAAAACUGGGACGAGCUUCUUUUAAGGGAACUAUAGAUUUGGCUUAUUGUGACGUUCUCUACAGAGACUUGAAGAAAGGUCUCGAAGGACUUGUACUCGAAAGCCUUCUUCACCUAAUUUACCUAACAACUCCCUAUGAUAUGGCUUCUCAGUGUGACCCAGACUGGAUGAUAUACUUCAGGCAGUUUAGCCAGCUCAGUCCAGCAGAACAAAAUGUAGCUGCUCUUCUUGGAGUCUCUGAAAACUUUAUUGGGAAGAAAGCAUCAGGUCAAGCUAUAAAGAAGAAGGUGGACAAGGACAUUGUCAACAGACUAUACCUGUCUUUUGUUCUUUAUGCCCUGCUCAAAGAGACCAACAUUUGGAGUGUGUCUGAAAAAUUUAACAUGCCUCGAGGAUAUAUACAGAGUCUUCUUACUGGAGCUGCCACGUUCUCCUCUUGUGUGCUACAUUUCUGUGAGGAACUUGAGGAGUUUUGGGUUUAUAAAGCCCUUUUGGUAGAACUUACCAAGAAGUUGACUUACUGUGUAAAGGCAGAGCUCAUUCCCCUCAUGGAAGUGACUGGAGUUUUAGAGGGUCGAGCAAAACAGUUGUACAAUGCAGGUUAUAAAAGUCUAACGCACUUAGCUAAUGCAAAUCCUGAAGUGCUAAUAAGAACAAUCGAUCAUUUAUCAAGACGCCAGGCCAAGCAAAUUGUUUCAUCAGCAAAGAUGCUGUUGCACGAAAAAGCAGAGGCUUUGCAAGAAGAAGUGGAAGAGUUGCUGAGAUUGCCUUCUGAUUUCCCCGGAAUUACCUCUUCCACCGAGAAGGCAUGA